AUGAAAAACGAGGCGAAAAAAGUUCAGUCAAUUUCUCAAGACCAAAAUGAUGAUGUCACAGUAGUAUCGGAACCAUGUACUUCUCAAGCAAGACCAGAACUUAAACUAUCAACUCCAGGAAAAAAAAGGAAACAGAGCUCAAAAAAAAUUGAACUCGACAAUUUUGAUCAGUGUGCUCUAAGAAACCUUGUCAACAGUUUCUAUACAGUACGGAAAGAAAUUCCAACAUUGAAAAAGAUUUUAACGGCUGCAAAAGCAGAUCUAAAUUUUCCAGAUAAAGCAGCCAAUGCUGAAGGGUUCCUUACCCCUUUGGACUAUGUGUCUGAUCAAGCAUCAGAAAAUUCUUCUGUCAAAUCCACAAUUUCUAUCAUUAAAAUUCGUAAUAAAGAUGUACCACGAUCAGAUGAAUUGUUUUGUGACUCCGAAUAUGAAUCAGAGGAUAAUUGUCAAGAGUUAUCAAAAUUAACUAGUACCGGUACAAGAGAAAAUGUGACCCAGAAAAAAAUUAAAGAGGACUCUUGCAACAAAUAUCAAAUGAGUAAACAGGUGGAUGUAGAGAAGGUAAAAUUAUUGGGUGAUGUACAAUGGAACGUAGUUCCCUCAAAGCCAGAUGCAUGUUUAGAUGUCAGUGGAUUAUCAUCAUUUUUAAAUAUAUCUGGGCUAACAGAUAAUAUACCUAUAAGUGGUUCAGAUGUUCCUGGUAUAUUACGAGAGAUUGAAUCAGAAGAUUAUUACCAGAUUAACCAAACGGAAACCAACUUCGAAGAAAAAGACUUUUCACCGAGUGAUGAAUCCGAUUUCGAUCCUAACUCUGUUUACAUGAGUGACGAUGACAUUGUAAGAAUAUUACUGAAAUCUACAUGCUUAAAAUGA